AUGGCUUGGAGGCAGUACACGAGACGUCGUAACAAAGCAGUUUCACUCAUUAGAAACAGUAAAAGGGACUUUGAAUUGAAGCUAGCCAGCCGAGCCAAAAGGGAGUCGAAACACUACUACAGCUACGCUCAAGCCAGGGGUCCCAAUAAGAGGACACUGGGACCUCUACAAUUGGAAGGUAGGACCGUUACCAAUGACCAGGAAAAAGUAGACGCCUUCUGCACAUACUCCAGUAGUGUGCAUCGAGUAGAUCGCGACGAUCUGGCACUACCGGAUCUCGCCCCCUCAUCAGAGGAAAUGGAGAAUAUGUAUGUGUCAUUAGAAGUGGUUCAUCGGAUAUUAGCGGAGCUGAACGUGAGCAAAUCUCCAGGGCCCGAUGGAAUUCACCCGGAAAUCUUCAAGCCAAUCGCGGGUAUAUUAGCGGGACCGCUAAGGGAUUUGUACCAAGCCAGUUUAGACCAGAGCAAGCUAUCGAGGGAUUGGAAAACAGCUGCUGUUGUUGCCAUUCACAAGGGGGGAUUAAAACCCUAUAUUAAGAAAUACAGGCCAGUGAGCCUAAUGAGUAUAUUGUGCAAGUGCCUAGAACGGAUAGCGAGGAUGCACAUUGUUCAGCAUUUACUCCAUAACUCCCUGCUUAGGUCAGGUCAGGCUGCACAGGACUGGUAG